GGGCAAGAUUGCAAGGCAAUUCACAACGACUUUGCUUCUUGGAGGAGAGUGAAGCCUCUUUUAAAUCAUGCGGUCUGGUCAGGAAUUAUGCGUUGGCUGGAACAACGUAUUCUCUGAUCCGAUGCUGUCGAUGGACCGAUUGAAGGAGAGAGGGAUAGCAGGAGACAUUGGGGAUGAUGACCUCAGAAGUCUUUACUGGAAGAUUUUUCUCGAGUACCUUCCUAGUUUGAGCAAAGAUGCAUGGCCUCUGAUUUUAUCCAAGGAGAGGCAGGGAUAUACUGAUCUGAAGACCAAAUUCAUGUUUGAUCCGAACAAAGCAGCGGAACAAGCGAAUGACUGGUCUCUUAACAAUCCACUAAGUUUAGCGGACGAGAGUCCGUGGACUCAAUAUUUUAAGGACGUGGAUUUACAGAAAGUGAUACGACAGGACGUUGAACGAACGUUUCCGGAUCAGCCCAUCUUUCGCACUCAGCAAAUACAAGACAUUAUGACUGCCAUUUUAUUUAUAUGGUGCAAACUGAACCCAGAUGUAUCCUAUCGACAAGGAAUGCAUGAGCUAUUGGCUCCGAUUCUCUUAGUCGUGGACCACGAUAAACUAGAUCCUCAAAAUGAUACCUCAGCAUUAGAUCCUGUUCUUGUGACGACAUUUGACGCCAAAUAUGUGGAGCACGACGCCGCGGUGCUCUUUUAUCGCCUUAUGCGAGCUACAAAGCCAUGGUUCGAAGUUGGCCCCGAUUUAGGUCCUUCUCGGCCUUCGCGCGUGAUUCAAAAGUCGAAUUAUGCAGAGCACCGACGAGGACAAGAGGAUGCUGGUAAACAAGUUCCGAUUGUCGCGUUUUGUCGGCGAGUCCAACACGAUCUCCUUCGAGUUCUGGACUUUGACCUGUAUCAGCAUCUGGAGAAGCAAGGAAUCGAGCCACAACUGUAUGGAAUACGUUGGCUACGCUUGCUGUUUGGCAGGGAGUUCCCUAUCCCCGAACUCUUCGUGCUCUGGGAUGGUAUCUUUGCAGAUGAUCCUAACCUAGGAUUGGUCGAAUGGCUGUGCAUCGCACUACUCUUGUACUUGAGGAAAGACUUGGUGGGUCAAGAAUAUGCAAUUACCAUGCAUCGCUUGAUGAAGUUCCCAUCACCAGACAAAUUGACCACUACGGUUUCGGAAUUCAUUCGAAGCGCUCGCGGCCUGCGCGAUCGGUACAAUCACCAUGCUCUGUUCCUUAGUUCCAACUCUAGCCGUCCAAAUUCCACCCCUUCUUCUCCUACCCGCGCUCAAUACGCCGAGCCAAAUAUACGACCCCCAUCCAAAAAGCGUACCACAGUCCCAUGGUCAAAUCACACAGCCAAUCCAAUACCUGAGAAACCUGUCCGAAGCCCCUCUGCGUCACAGUUUUCGGGAUCCGUUACAACUUCCUAUCCUCCAAUGCGCAAAGGAAGCUACACGGAGACAGUGCCUGCAUCGCCGACUCAAGUUCCGUCCUCGCCUGGUGCGGACGGCAAGCAGCAGCAGCUACAAUUGCAGCUUGCCCAUCUCACACGGCAGGUACAGCAAUUCCGAGAGCGGGACCGGGAGUUUGCCCGAAAGAUUUCACGGUGGAUCGACACAGUGUCUGACGUGCUGGAUGAUGAGACUGAUGCUCGAUUGGGGACAAGGGCUGAGCAGCUACGAGGGAUUGUCGACGAAAUGCAAGUGAUUGCGAAUGAGCUGCACCCUGGAAGACCAGAGUCCGCUCGACGUGCACCAAAAGAGGACAAGGACACCGCUCAACGAGAAGCAGGUGACGAUGAAAAACAUAUGCCAUCACCUAUUCAGGAAUCCACACCAAGUGUUGAGCAAGCAAAAGCCGAAGGACCUGCAGCUGUUCAUGUAGAGCAGGCCACUGUGCCCACGACCGGAACACCAGACUUGAGUGGUCCAGCGCAGUCUGCAGUCGAGGACUCAGUUGAUAAUGAGACUACAGGUGUCAAUCCAUCACGUGCACCUCCUUCAAAUUUGCAGAAUAUUCGUUGGGGAAGCUCGACUGAUAUACGCAAUGCCCCAGCCAAGCCCUUGACUUCGCAUGCUGCACCUCCCGAACCGCUGAACAAGCAGCAAUCUCAAAGCAGCAUCCAAGGCUACACGAGCGCGCCAUCCCCUAUACCCUCUCCCUCACGAGUAGCAGCCAGUACAGAUCCGUGGGCUUCUGAAACCACCGAUAUGAUCGUCGGGACAGUAAAGGCUGGCGUCACAGGGAUCAAUAAGGUUCUUAUGGGCCUUUUUGAAGACCCAUGGGCUGAUCACGGUGUUCUCGCUGGCAGAGGUGGAGGAGCGGGGCGUCGUCGGGGUAGUUCUAGAGAUAUAAGGGAAGGUCGAGAGCUCGGACCUGUAAACUACCCUAGCAAUGUUGAGGAUAAAGUUGACAACGAGGAAGAAGGUGGUAAUGUUGUAAAGGAAGCCUCCUCAGUGGGGACAGCAUCUGGUGGGCGACCAACUACAGCUCCAAAGGCUGCUUCGACGCUGGAUGCUACGAGAGUUCAAUCUCCGGCCCGAGAUCCACUGGGAGCAGGCUUUGCUCGUGGCACUGCUGGCAGUACGACAGUUACACGGCGCCGAACAGAGUCUGCAGAGGUGGACCCUCUAGGUCUUCCAUAAUAUAACAGCAUAGUCACCGCUGAUGGCCGCACGCUUUUGAGCCAAAUCUGCUAUUGAUGCUAUUUCCAAUGUUAUUGAUCAAAAGUGCAACUUAUAAACACCAAAGCCCCUUAGAGUGAUUGUUUAAUGCAAAGUUUCUGCUUUUGAGUAGUAGACUCUUGGAAAUAGAUUAUUAUCCUGCAGUGUAAUCUUGAUACUGGUGUAUAACGCUCUGAUUGAUGGCUCACAAAAGAUUAAGGUUGCUGUGUUUCAAAUAUACAAUGAGGGGCAC